UUUUUGGCUACCAUUCAUUAUGACGAAUAAAAUUUGACUACCAAGGAUGUGAAAUGUGCUGCAAUUGAUGUAAACUGUAUCGUACGCGUAAAUGUGCAAGGAUUAUACUGUUUUGCUUUUGAAAGCUCCUUUUUGGGAACAUCACUAUUAAAACAGCGUGUAUGAGAAGCAAUCGUUUCCGUAUGUGAAACUUGGAAGCAUCGAAUCCAUGACGAUAAACCUGACGGUGCAAAAAAGGAUGAUGAUGAUGAUGAUAACGGCAAGUACGGUAUCAGAAGGUCCAGUGCAAGUCGCCUUGCAGAGGAGAGCGAAACGUGGGGGAAAACCGCUAAGCAGUAUUUGAAAUUCAUGUACGAAAUGGCCACGGAACUCUGCUGCGAAAGUGAGAACACACAAAUCCAUGGAUCUGUGUCACGUCCUCCUGCCAAACUGAAUCAAGCACACGGACGAUGGGCACAUAAUGGUCAUCCGGUUGCGGUAUCAGUUCUGCAUAAGAGCCGAGGAAUUCAACGUGGUAUCGCGAGGGAUGCUCAACAAUACGGUUUGAAGUAAAUGAAAUCGUUCAUAUUUUUCUUCUGCAUUAUUUUACAGGCGGUACAGUUCUCCCCAAAUCCAAGCUGGUGUAUCGUUCUCUCAGAACUUUCUGAAAAAAGAGCUUAGGUCGUUGAUCUUCCUCUCUAGUUGAUAUUUACACUGUCCACUUACCAGACAGUCGAUUUGAUCAAUGUUCCAUGCAUCGUGCUCUCUUCUGUUCAUAGGGGAAGUAGUUCUAAUCCGACCGGUGGUCCUGAACCGCCCUCUACCGGAGGUCAGGAAUGGCACGAGUAUCACAACGCUGGAAGUUUAGAGGUAUGGUGACAUUUUUCUGAUUCCUUUAUUCUAACGUUUUGGCGCCGUUUUGUGUUCUUAAUGAUCAAAAAAAAAAAAAAAAAUGAUGGAAGGUUGUGUCCUGAAAGUGACUGAAAGUUUUCCUCAGCGAGAUUCAAUAUUUAUGCUCUAGACAAAUAUUCCCCUUUGCUCUUCUUCUUCUUCUUCUUUCUUUGUUCAUGGAUACUUUAAAUCAUUCCCGUUCGUUGAUGUUAGUGCGUAACGUAAAAAUUUCUAAUUUAUGAUGCUUGAAAGAUUUGCGUUGAAACUGCUAAUUUCUGUUGCUUGGAAAAUUAGGUAGGUCAUUAAAGUUUUUUGGAAAACUGUUAUAGUACAAUUUGAUAAAAGUCGGGAUGACCCUGAAUCGACCUCUAAAAGGUGGUCCUGAACCGAUCUCUUCUUUUUGCUUCGUAGUUAUUCAAGCGGUUCACACAGGCUCUUGUCAUACAAGAGGAACGCAUGUGAUUGUGCUAUUAGACGACUUUGAUUGAAGAUUGUACUCGAAAGAAAUGCAACUUUUUUUUUGUGUAUAACUUUUUAUUGCAUGGGUAAAAAUUGAGAAAUUUUGGAUAAAACUAGUUUAGAGUGUAAUUUUCACAUUGCAAAAUUGCGUCAUAAGAAGUGCAUUGACAAAAAAAUAAGGACACGGUCGUUGAAAAUCCAGGCCAGCCCACAGGUGGAUCGCGAAACAGUUGGGAAUCGACCAUUCAACUCUGUCUCGUGUGGUAAAAUCGUUCAAGACCCGGACGACCCAGCGGCAAGCUGGCAAUGGAAGAAAAGCACCAAAAGCUACUCUCGUGAGGUACAUCUCUUGCAACAGCCGUCGCCGUUGUUCACCUUUCACCGUCGGGCGUUGUCAGCACUUUAGUCAGCGCUCCACCUUCGCGUGGGGUAUGCACCAUUUUGAUCAUGGCUUCAUCCUUGAUGCUCGUUCCUUCGAAACGUUCGCGGUGUUCCUCCAUCCAGGCCACGAUCAGGCGUUGUCAGGCAGGCCUUUUGCUGUUCUCCGCGGCAGUAUCCGUUUACCUGUCGAGACGUGCACCGAUUAGGAAGCGCUCUCCAACUUGACGCGCGCCCCGUCACAGUCACCCUCGCAGGAUUUCUCUUCCCAGCGGUGAGCCGAUUAGGUGGUGCCCUCCAACAUAACGCGCACCCCGUCACAGCUACUCUCGUGAGGUACAUCUCUUGCAACAGCCGUCGCCGUUGUUCACCUUUCACCGUCGGGCGUUGUCAGCACUUUAGUCAGCCCUCCACCUUCGCUGCAGCUCCGACAUGAUUUGUGUGAUUGCACUGCUCACGGCAUUCCAGAUCAUCUCGUCGCGACACAUCUCCUCCACAAUAUUCCCGACAUGAACUGCAGGCAGCCCCUCGCAGGCAGCUAGAAGUUAACUUCACCGUGUUCCCUGUUCAACCAGGUCGAAAGUACCGGUUCGAACCUGUACGUCCAUCUACCAUUUUCUGUCGUAUCCCAUUCAUACUGCCAUUUGUCCAACGACUCCGCUCUCAUCAAUUUCCGGAUACCUCUGCUUUCCCGUCGCUUGUAGCACUCGCUAUCUUCCGCCAGAGUGAUGCAGAUGGGAAUCAUUCCGGCGAUUACACACACAGCUUCUGUCGAAAUGGUCCUAUAAGCACUUACGACUCGCAUGGCCAUGAGUCGGAAUGUGCUGUUCAGCUUCCUCCGAUUUCGGUGGGUUUCCAGAGCCGCCAACCAGGCAAGGCCACCAUACCUCAGUAUUGACGAAGAUACACUUGCCAGGAGACGCCUCUUGCUGCUGCUUGGGCCAAAGCUAUUUGGCAUGAUCCUCGCCACCACGUUGAUGGCCUUUGACGCCACCACUUGCAUAGUCGACGUGCUGAUUGAAGUUCAGGCGGUCGUCGAUCAUGACUCCGAGGUACUUCACCGCCCGCUUCGAAACGAUGGUAUGUCCUCCGAUACCUCUGCCCGCAGCACUGCCUUACGAUUGCUCACUAACAGCACCUCGGUUUUGUGAUGUGCCAUCUGGAGCUUUACGCUGUCCAUCCAACUACCGAUCAUGUCUACAGCCUCAGUCGCCAACAUUUCCAUCUCCUGAAGCGUCUCGCCGAUUACCGUUGUUACGAUGUCGUCUGCGAAGCCCACGAUCUCCACACCUCUGGGUAGCUUCAGCCUUAGAACACCAUCGUAUAUCGUGUUCCAAAGCGUGGGUCCUAGGAUGGAACCUUGUGGAACUCCCGCCGAGAUAUUCUUCAGUAUCUGUCCCCUGUAUGUGUUGUAUACCAGGAUCCGAAUCUGGAAAUAACUCCUCAGUAUCCUGUACAGGUAGUCAGGGACCUUCAAUCUGUGUAGCGCCUCGGCGAUGGCCUCCCAGCUGGCACUAUUGAAGGCGUUCUUCACGUCAAUCAAAAUCACCGCGCAGUAACGGUCGCCUCUUCGUUUUUGUUUAAGCGAGACCUGAGCUUUCUCGAUAACUGUCCGAAUAGCGUCCACUGUCGACUUUCCUUUCCGGAAUCCGAACUGCAUUUUCGACAAUCCGUGGUCAUCCUCCGUGCAUUUCACCAGUCUGUUGAGAAUAACCCUCUCUAAGAGCUUUCCCAAAGUAUCCAACAAACAAAUAGGCCUAUACGACGCUGGAUCUCCAGGUGGCUUUCCUGGUUUCGGGAGCAGCACCAACUUUUGUAUCUUCCAUUUCGCAGGGAAGAGACCGUCAUCCAGGCAUUUCUGCAGCACCACCCUGAACAUGUCGGGGAAAGCAAGGAUCGCCGAUUUCAGGGCCACAUUGGGGAUUCCGUCGGGGCCGGGUGCUUUUUUCAACUUUAGACCUUUUGCCACCGCGAUGAGUUCUUCGUUGGUGACUUGUGCGUUCUCUGCAUCGUCCUCACCGUACAGUGUGGGUGGCCACGUCCGUGAGUCGUGCUGCGGAAAGAGUCCAUUCACAAUGACCUCGAGUUUUUCCGGACAUAAUUCCAUGGGAGUCGUUGAACUUCAGAAUUUCGCCAUCACGAUUCGAUAUGCUUCACCCCAAAGAUUUGCGUCGACGUCUCGACACAGCUCCCUAUAGCAGUUCGAUUUGCUCCUACGUAUCUCUCGUUUCAAGGCGGCUCUGGUCGCUCGGAAAGACGCGCGGUGCUCCUCUCUCUCUACAUCGGUUCGUGCCCUCUGGACUCUUCUUCUGGCUCGUAGACAGUUAGCGCGGAGGAUGCUGAGUGUCUCGUUGUCUCGUGUCUCUCGGCAUCGCUGUAUCGCAUGCCCUCACCAAUGUUUCUGUCAGCCCGUCGGCGCUCAGAUUAGGAGUUCUGCUGUCUAUGCUUCGACGAAAAGCUCCUUGUCAAAAACCUUUGUCCUCCACUUCUGCUCAAAGGUUCUAUUGGCACAUAUUUGACCUCAUGUGCAUUAUACGAGGGUCGCUAUUUAUAUUUCGGGAAUUGGCAACACUGAUGUCAUGUGAGUCCAUCUGACGGUUCCAUCGUAAAGUUUGACAUUUUUGACGAUAUACGUACUCAGAACAUUUUGUCAUACGGACGCUAUUUGUUUAUUUUAUAUUUAGUUGAAAGUUUGGUCUCGGCAAAAAAAUGGAACUGAAUCGUGAACAUUUUCGUGCGAUGAUUUUUUACGACUUUCGACGUGGAUUAUCACAACAAGAGUGCGUCAAUCAACUUAAUUAGACUUUUGGCGAUGAAGCUCCAUCAAAAACCACUGUGUAUCGCUGGUAUAGUGAAUUCAAUCGUGGUCGUAGUUCGCUGUCCGACGAGUUUCGUGAAGGUCGUCCAAAAUCGACUGUAGUGCCAGAAAACAUCGAUGCUGUGCACGAAAUGAUUAAGCAAGAUCGUCAUGUAACCUAUUGUGAGAUUGAGGCAUCCCUAAGCAUUAGUUCCACCAGCAUAUAUGCGAUUUUACAUGAACACUUAGUUGUGCGAAAAUUAUGUUCACGUUGGAUCCCACAUAAUUUGACAAUCGCUCAAAAAAAAGGCUCGUGUCGAUUGGAAUAAAUGCUUUGAAAAUUGGUUUAAGCGCAUGCAAAAGUGUAUCGAUCAUCGUGGCGAGUACUUUGAAAAACAAUAAAAAUAUAUUCGCAGCUUAACUAUUUGUUUUUGUUCCUAUUCCCGAAAUAUAAAUAGUGACCCUCGUACCAUUCCAGGAUGGAUUUUGCAUAGUGACAAGACCAAAACAACGCUGAAGAGUCGUGGCUUCUUAUGAAUGGUAGCAACCGCUUCUGGAGACAUUCCUUCUCGUAGACAUCUUUGUUGAUAGUGCCGGUAGAGACGAAAUAUUUGGAUUUUCGGCCACAACUGUAUAUGGCCUGUCAAACCAAGUACUUUUUUAGGAAUUUAGACUGCUUCUUGGUCCGGAAACACUCGGCCACGACAUUCCUUCGCAUUGCAGUAUAAAAAAGCGCGACCCGGAAGCUGUUUGAAGCCUUCGAGAACAUACGUUUCACCGUUCAUGGUGCAUGAACAUUUUUGGUAAAACUGGGUGUAAAGCAGCACGGCUUUUUGCAGUGAAAUUUUGCUUAUCAUCACGAUUCAGCACCUUUUUCACUUUGUACGCCUUCAGUCCAUGCCUCUGCUUCACUUUUUGUACAUAUGAUUUAGAUUUUCCAACCUUUCGAGCCACAUUUCUAACUGAAAGGUUGGGAUGUUUCUCAAUAAUGGCAACCACCUUCGGUCCAUCUGUCGGGAGCAUACUUUUCGAUUUGUUCCGCUUCCAACCUUCCGAUCCACAGUUAACACGUUAAGCCCUGAUUUUUUCUUGCUGCGCUUUCCAUUCAGCCCGCAUCAAGAGCGUUUGCACAAUAUCAGUGUCGGUCCCAGUUCUCAAAGGUACCUAUUGUAUAAAUAGAAACUUGUCAGAAAUUCGUCUAGAAAGUAGUCACAUUUUGUAAAACAUCCGAAAACAAACCGUAUAUAUUUUUAUUUUCUUAUUUUGUAACUGUCAGUCCCAGUCAGUCAGCGUUUUCCUACCAAAAAGCUCAACGUCGGCACUAGGGACCGAUGCUGGGCUCAACGUGUUAAGCACUGGUCAAACGAUUUGCACACACUAAACACGGUACUCUUCGGAAGUUUUAGCUUUUUGGCGAGAUCGCGUACCGACAGUGUUGAUUCGACGCCAUUUUACCAAACUGAAGAAGAAUGUAAACAUGUUCGACAUUGAAAUAAAGAGGAGGGUUCCAGCUGUCAUGUAAGUGAAAUAUUUCAUAAACUACACUGAAAGAAAAGUGUCCGAAAUUUAACUUGGACAGGCUUUAUAUACAGUCUCCAAUUUCUUUAAUAAUCAAAUCCUGUUUAUUAGAGCAAAAAAAUUUUUUUUUAGAUUUGUUUUAUAUGCAUAUAGUUUUUGUUUUUCGAAAAUAAAAGAAGUUAAUUUUUGAUUCGUCCUCUUAAAGUCAGAAAAUACCCUUUCCACAUAAAAUAUUUGAUGAAAAAAAAGUUCUUCUGCGCAUAUAUCAGAAUUUCAACAAUGACAGGGUCAAACUUCUUUAUCAACAUGGGACAAUUGAAUUUGAUGUUGUUUUUUGAAAUACUGGGAACAAACAAUAAGUUUUAUUGUGUUUUUUCGAAAGAUUAUGCAUUAAAAAAAAGUUUUAUAAAGAAAAGUUAAAUUUUUCACAAAGUAACAUGUGUGAACUAUGCGUAAAACUUCAGUUUAAUAACAUAGACAAGUAAAACAUUUGGUACCAUAGCAAGCCGAAGUUUAGUAUAUUGUAGUAAUAUCACUUGUGAAUCGUACAGAGGUGUGAGCGCAGUGAGUGACCUGCAACACCUUUGCGGAGUAUAAAUCUCAUAUUUAUAAGGCAUUCACCAACAAGGUGUACACGUGUUCUGUUAAACUUGUUUUUUUUUAUUUGUUUGAGUAGUAGUUCCAAAUCAGAAAUGAGUGCUUUAGCCCUGCUGCAAGCGUGGCAUUGUACAUGAACCGAUUCUUUUAUUAUGGAUCUACAAAAAUAUCAUGGUGGGACAGUUAUGCCUAGAAUAUCAACAUGAGACAAUUGAACUUGAUGUUUUUUUUUAAAGCUGGGAACAAACAAUAUUUUUUUUUGUGUUUUUCCGGAAGAUUAUGCAUUAAAACAUCGUUUUAUGAAGAAAAGUGAAAAUUGUCAAUAAGUAACAUGGGACAAUUUGCGUAGAACGGCAAUGUACUUCUAGAAAUACGCUACGUAGGACGAUUCUGUUACUUCCAGUUGAAAGAUGCAAAAAUUUAGUACAUUACAUAGUUGUGAAACAUCUAAAUUAGUAGAUAAGUAGUAUUUUAGAAGUGAAAAAUUUAAAAGUGGUUUUCAAGGUGUUAUUAUUGAUUUUAUCCCAAAAAUACAUAAUAAACUAGAUUGUUUCUAUCAACAAAUCAAAGCUCUCUAACCGCUUUACAAUUUGUUUCCUAAUUUCACUGUAAUAUCAUUUUAAACGAUUCCUGUUAUGUCUUCAACUAAAAACCUCAAAAAUCAUGAUUAUUAUUCCACUGUACUUAUUGUAGCCAUUUUUUCUUGAAAUAUGCCAUAUUUGAAAUUAAAAAAAACAUUUUUUCUUAAAUUGUAUAUAAAUGAGUCUAAAAUUGUAUUUAAUUGAACCUGUAUAAGAUUGAGUUUGUAUAUAAUUGAGACCGACCUGUACGCACGAAACGCGUCGAUCAGUACAAGACAUAAUCAAAUAGUUAUACUAUAAAUUUCAAUGCCGAAAUCACCAAAAAAACAAGAAUUUUAUGCGAUCAAUGGCCGUUGCAAUUUAGGGGACCGGAUCAGGGCCACCUUUUCCUAUCAUGACUAUUAACUGUCGGUUUGGGUGCUGGUGUACAGUAAAACCUGUUUUUGUGCGGUUUUUUCUGUGCGAUUUUUUUUUGUGUGGUGUAUGAAAAGAAGCAUAAUUAACGAAAUUAUCGUCCAUUUGUUUUUUUUUCGGUGGUUUAUAUGCAUUUCAGUGCGAAAAAAACCAUAUUUGCGUCUCAAUUAUCCACUUCUGAAAUCAUUCCUCUCCUCUCAUCAAAUGCUCUAAGAUUUUCUAAGUUUUUGCAUGACAUGAUUUCUAACAGCAACACGUUUCGACAUGCAACUAAGAGCACAAAACAGCCACGCGCAACCGAAAAGUCAAAGUGUCCCAUCGCAAAGCAGGGAAACAAAAAGAAAUUGAACGGUGAAUGGCGUGGAUUUGAGUUAUUUUCUUGGGGGAAACCUUUUUUAUGCGGUCCCUAUAUACCGCACGAAAAAAAGUUUUUUUCAAAAUGUGCACCGAACACGAUUUUUUAAAGCUGCUGGUAAAGUUUUGCACGAUUGUUUUUAUGCGACUUUUUUUGUGCGUUCCCUAUCCCCCGCACAAAAACAGGUUUGCCUGUACGUUCAAAUAAACAAAAAAGAGAAAUAAUGUGAAAUUUUUCAACAUUUUGCAUACACCCAUGACACUCCGAUGUCCUAGGAUUAUCAACAUAAACUUGUUUGGACUCAAAAGUUAGCUUUUAAAAGUGGAUGUGCGACAGGAUUUCUCUCAAAUGAACCCAUACCUUACGAUUACGCGUUUGCUUUUGUGGAACGUAAAAUACGACUUUAUCUUCGGUACUGCAGAGAAGGUGAAAAAGAGAAGGUGUGUAUAAUUACUUUUACUACUUAGUGUGUAAAUAAUCAAAAACUGUCCCAUUGUGCUGAUUCGAGACGCAUUUUAAUUCCAAACCCCCUGACGAAUACCAGGCUCUCGUGCUUGUCGUUCCGAGGACAAUUGCAGACUAUCAAACAUUUGCGUCCAGACAACACUGGUGAACGGAAAAUUAAGUCCGAACACGUACGAAAUUGGAAAACAAUGCUAAAGUAUGCAAAUCUUUUUCGUGUCGCAAUAGUGUCUAUUGUUUUUCCUGUGAUUUUGAUCGUGUCGUGCUUGAAUAAAAAAUAAAAAUAAUGGGAGGAAACUAUUUGAAUUAUGUAUUUUAGUUACUUCAUCGGGGAUGGCAUUUCGAACACAGCGUGAAGUGUACUUUCGUUCAGUUGUGGCGCGAAACGGCGCCGCUAAAAAGCGUUCUACCACUUUGAAAACUAAUGCAAAACGAGUUAAUUUUUUUAAGUUAUGAGGGUUGUUUGAAAAAACGGUCAUUCAACAACGGUCUGAUAUUCUGAUUGCUCCGUGUGAGUCAUGGAUCAUGGUUAAGCAAAUUUGAUAUUGAUAACUGCUAAUAAAUAUUUUGAAGUAGAUGAACUUCCGGAUGCACGAUCACUGGGAAGCCUAAUACAUCAUUCUUGGUUGCUGUUAAUUUCUUCUUCAAAGAAAAUUUCGUUUUUAAUAUUGAUCACUCCCCCGCUUCCGUUGUUAUUGCCGGUUUGUGGAAUGUUUCUACUUGACAGGAACGUUGAAUUAACAUUAUUUCAAACGAAUGUUUUCCGCUGCAUCAUCUCGCUGAGCAGAGACUCCGUAGUUUCAAUUAUGUUGCUUUGUCUAUUUUGCUGCACUUCAUGAGAUGCUCCCGAUGGACGACGAGCUCUUGUUGACGGCUGGGAAAUAUGAUAAAUUAUGUUCUAUCAUCAACUAUUUCUGCUCUUUUGUUCUAAGAGCACUUCAGUCGGGAAGGAAAUUACGGUUGCGUUAGAUAGGAUGCUGUUCUACUUGUGUUCAUUGUAUCCGUGUUUUGGUGUUUGGAAAGCUGUUCUGGAAAGCUGCUUUUCGAGACAUGAAUUAUUUUGAGGAUUUUGCUUUCUAAUGGCAUUCUUUUCGCAGUAUAUCAUUUCGUUAUUUUUCAGUACAACAAACCAGCUAGAAGAGCAUUUAGUUGAUAGUAACAUCACACUCGAGUGAUUGGAGUAUUUUUUUUAGAAAUUGAAGGCCACUCGCUAUCAGUUUGUACCAAAGAUGUGGUCUAUUCUAUAACGAUAAAAUUAAUUAAAAAAUAAUUUGGUAGCCUUUGUGACGGUAGACCAGGUACCAUCCUUUUGUGUUGUUUUUGACUAUAACAGUCAAAUAUAAAGUAAUUGGAUAGUAAUGUAUUAUAUUCCUUAUACAGGGCGGACUCGAUUAUAUACAGGUUCCAAUUUCUUUUAACUGUAUAUAAUCGAAACAAAAAAGAUUUUUUUAAAAUUAUUUUAUAAACGUGUAUUUAGUGUUUUUUGAACAUAAAAGAAGAAUUUAAUUUUUGAUUAAUCCUCUUUACGUCAGACAAUGCAUUUCUCGAACAAAAGAAAUACAUAUAUUCGGAAUCUAAAAAGAAUAAUAAACUUGAUUGUUACUCUCAACCAAAUUAAAGCUCUCUAACUGCUCUACAAUUUGAUCUUUCACACUCAAUUUCUAUUUCUCUUAUUUUCGCUGUAAGAUCAUUUGAAACAAUUUUUGUUGAAUGUAAUAUUAAAAUCUUAAAAAUCACGAUGUUUACUCAUUGUACUUACGAUACCCCAUUAAAUUUCACCGUAACGUUGAAAUAUUAUAUUUUUUGCUUGAAAUGAGCCAUAUUUGAAAUAUUAAAAAAUAUAGUGUUCCUGAACUGUAUAGAACCGAGCAAGAAUAUAAUCGAGUCCGACCUGUACUAGAUACUGCAUCUCCAUGAUUUGUUUCCUGGUUACAGUACCAUUGAAAUGAAUGAAAAAUGGAAUUGUUAGUUACAUUGCUAAUUUAUUAAGAAAUAUUGCCGAGAUCUGAUCAUGACCAUUUUUCUUAUGCAUCAGUUUAUUCAACCCUCUACCGCUCAAGUUUUUUAUUUAUCUAAAAAAAAACUACUCCACUUUUAUCUCGAAUUUCCGACUUUCAACAUAAAAUACUCCAAGCAGAAAGCUGUCAGCAUUAAAACAAUGUGUAUGUGUGAUAGAUGAAAAUAUUCUAAAGGUGUUCUAGUGGGGGUGAACAUUGAAAAUAAUGUCUGAACAAUUUGAAAAGACAAUCCGCGAAGCCCGUCUAAAGGCGAACUUGGGCUGUAGAGGGUUAAAGUACAUAUCCUGCACAUCAAAAUCAAAAAUGUAUCAAGGAAAUGCUAUGCUUCAGACUCAGUCUCGUUAUAAUCCCUUCAAUUCGUGGAAUAUUCUGUUUCAUGAAUUUUUUUUUAUCUCAUUUAUUUAUUUAUUAGGCUCAUUAGCAUUUUAGCUGUAACAGAGCCGGGUUUUAAUCGUGUACAUGUACAUAUGUUUAUGUUUCUAUAAAUUGUAAAUUACACAGUCGUUAGUUGUAGCCAUUUAGGCGUAAGGGUAUUCUUUCUGUUCAUCCAUUGUUCAGCAGACCGAACAGCGGAGACAGUUGAUAUUGAUUAUUGUUGAGUUAUUUAUAGAACAGCAGCCCGAUGUUUCUUGCAGAGCAGAGCAGUUGUAUGGAUGAAUCGAUCUUAUUUCGACCGUGGAUCGAUUUCCAUCGCUGAUGAUGGUUGCGUGGACGUAGUUAUUCUAUAACAACACAAAGAUGGUCAAUUGAGGGCCCUGAGUUUGCACUCACGAUCGAUCGCUUGGUAAGCGAACGCAGCGUUUCAUGAAAUUAUCCUGCCCUGUUUUGAAAAUCCUAGAAUAUUUUGAGUGUAGUAAAUAUGUGAUUCGGGAUUUUCAUUCUGUAGAAGCUUAUAUAAAGACAGGAUAUUAGGAAACGUGGAAAAAAGUCUGGGAAAUCUUGAAAAAUCAGGAAGAUUGACAUCUUUGGUUGUGUGUGACAUCAUUAGGAGAGACUGCAAGCAGCAGUUGGCUUGUUGGAACGAGACAGAGUAUUAGAAAUCGUGAAUUGUUUAUUUAUACCCAAUAAGUUAUAAACGGGCGGGGCUAAUUUGCAAUGUCUCCUCUCUUCACAGUGUCCGUACGAAUGAGCGCUGCAUUUAAAUCGCGAGCGAGCGAUUUACAAACGCCUUAUUUGCAGUGGUAUAUAAAAAUAUACCUCACGACUUUACUCGUUUCUCGGCACAGUUAGGUAAGCACAGAAAUCGACAGAAUCAAUGUAUGGGAAAAUGUAUUCCAAUUUUUCACAUCAAACGAUUCUCAGGGAAUUUCCUAAUCGAUUUGUAUGCAAAUCAAAAAUCAUCAAUUUCCUUUAGAAGCAAAAAUAUUUAUUCACUUUAAAACAUUUUCAUAGAAACGUUUCAUAUUUUCUUACUGAAGGACGUAGUUUUAACGUUGGACUAGUUGAUUCAGGUGAAAUACAAGAGGCUAAAUUUAUCAAAAUUGUGGAAAUUUUUAAUGAUACUGCGUUGGAUACUUAAAAAAUUGAAAGGCUAGUCUAGGAGAAAUAUGACAGCAAUAUAUUAAAGUCUAUUCAGGAAUUGCCAGAGAUUCAAAGUGGCAUUAGUAAAAAAUCCUGUUCAUAUACAUUACAGGAAUGAUAAUUAUGGAGAUAAAAAUUAUAACUAAUGAGAUAAUCUGUACCAGUUACAAAUCGUCGUGUAUUUUUGAAAAAGGAAAACAAAUUUAUUGAAACUAUUCCUUAAAGUUGAAGCUUACUGAUUAUGUUCUGUGUUUGGCUGGUAGUAUCGCUUCAGUAGAAAGAUUUUUCUAUGAUGAUCAAUAUUUGAACAACGGAAAAGUCACGACAUAAACGCUAUGAUAAUUGUCGAACAGAACUCUGAUACGGAAUGUGACAAAUUUUAUGAUACAAACCAAAGCAGACCAAAGCAGGUACAGGAUGUUUGAUUGAAUGUUUUUUAUAGUCUUAUUCACUCACUAAAAUUCAUUGAAAAAAAAAUUGGUAAGUUUUUUGGGUUUCCAUGUCCCGGCUUUAUUCCUGAACUGUUACCCCAUAAAAAUAUUCACCACCUCGAAAAAACACCAUAUGCAAAAUAUAAACUCAAUCGCACUUAAGGCAGAAUGGUGCAAAGCGGUCAAAGUUUGAGUUUUUUGAAAAUCGAAAAAUCAUCAUUUUUCGAUGCCUUGAUAACAGUAAAACCCCGAUUUCCGGUAAUUUUUCAGUUUUCAAAAAACUGAAAUCUUAACGUCUGCGACACAAUAAAAUGAAGUCCGAUUGAGCUAAUAUUUUGCAUUGGAUAUAUUAUCAUGCAAACCAACAUUUCGCAGCAAGUUCUGAAUGAAAAAUCGAGAUAACUAUUUUUAUUGGCACCCAAAACCAUAUAUUUUACUUCGUAUUCCAAAAAAAACUAAGUACGAUUUUUGACAAAAAGAAAAAUCGAGAUGACAGUAGAUCUCGACGUUUCAUGCAUUUUUAAGACAUUUGGCAUCAACAUUUUUUUUUGAAAACCCUGAUUUCCUUUGCUCCCCCCUUGGGUGAUUUCCAAAAAAACUCGAUUUUCAAAAAACUCAAACUUUGACCGCUUUGCGCCACUCUCACUUAAGUCCAAUUGAGCUGAAAUUUUGCAUAGGAUGUUUUUCCGAGGUGGUGAACAUUUGUAUGGGAUAACUUUUUAAAAUUCUGUGUCGAAUUUUUCCCAUACAUCCAUUGGUACCCUAAUGAAAAAUAUACAGCUAUUCCAUGCUAAACCGAUAUAGUGGCUCUCAGAUUUCUUUGAAAAGUGGUAGUAUUGUUCUUUAUCGCAAAAUAUUAGACCCGUAUUUUUAAUUAUUUUUUCGUUUUGGUGACCGAAGAAUCAGUUUUUUCCACUUUUCUCGAAAAUGAUUUUUUUUUAAAUUCAUAACUUUUGAACCACUGAACCGAUUCAGAUGAUCGAUGUAUCAAAUUCAAGCCAAUGACCGUUUAUUAAUAAAUAUUGAACUUAUAAAAAAUGGACUUUAUUUUUUUCAUGCCUUUGGACUGAAGGGCGCUGUAUUUUUUAAAUAUUUUUUCUUGAGCGCUGAGGAUUUUUUGCAUAAAAUAUCUCGAUAUCAGAGAUGUUUUUUGGUGGUCCGGUGGUUCGAAAAAUCAUUUUUCCCCUUUUAUCCAAAAAUUCAUUACAUUUAAACUACUGAACCGAUUUAGAUGAUCGACAUAUUAAAUUGAAGCCAAUAAGCUAACUUUCUUUGAAAUAAAGUCUGCUUCAUUUAAUAUUGGAACAAAUUCUUUUGCUCAUUGUGGCGCUCCUAGUGGACGGAUUUGGAAACUUUUUUCACCCACGUGUCGGGAAAUUCAUUACCUUUCACCAUGUAUUUAUGUCAUAACACCAAACGAUAGCAUUUUGUAAACAACCGCCAUGGAAGCCGAACGGAGAGAUAAAAUUGUGCACAGUUUUCUUGAAAAUUCAUUGUUGUCGGUAUCUGCCCAGAAAUACCGUAUGGCGUGUUAUCAAGCAGUACAAGGAAACAUUAACGACGGCUCGGAAGCCGCAUUCGAAGCGUCGGAGUGGAACUGUCGACCGGAAACUGCGUGGGAAAGUCAUCAAGGCCGUCAAGAGGAAACCCAAUCUUUCAGACCGCGAUUUGGCCAAUAAGUUCCAGGCCGCUCACAGUACGGUGCGUCGAAUUCGUCUCCGGGAAGGAAUAAGGUCAUUCCGAGCCAGCAAACAGCCAAAUCGGACGCUGAAGCAGAACAAUAUGGCCAGAAUCCGUGCUCGAAAGCUGUACGACCAAGUGCUGACCAAGUUCGACGGAUGUAUUCUGAUGGACGAUGAGACCUACGUGAAGGCGGACUUUGGGCAAAUCCCAGGUCAAAAAUUUUAUUUGGCGACGGCUCGGGGGGAUGUACCUGCAAAAUUUAAGUUCGUGUUUGCGGAUAAAUUCGCCCGCAAGUACAUGAUUUGGCAGGGGAUAUGCAGUUGUGGACAGAAAACCAAAGUCUUUCUCACUGACAAGACAAUGACAUCAGAAGUCUACAAAAAAGAGUGCCUACAGAAACGGAUUCUGCCGUUUAUUCGUGUCCACGACCGUCCAGUAAUGUUUUGGCUGGACCUCGCAAGCUGCCAUUACAGCAAAACGGUUAUGGAAUGGUACGCAACGAACUGGGUCAGCGUAAUACCGAAGGACCUCAACCCCCCAAACUGCCCCCAGUUCCGGCCGAUAGAGAGAUACUGGGCAAUCACGAAGCGGAGGCUUAAGGCAAAGGGAAAACUUGUUAGGAACAUGACUCAAAUGAAGAACUGGUGGAAUCAAAUCGCCAAAACGGUGGACGAAAAGGGUGUGCGCCGCCUAAUGUGCCGUAUUACGGGAAAAGUACGAGAAUUUCUUCGAAACAGCAAUGAAUAAUUUUUUUAAUUUUUUUUUAUGAAUGAGUAAAGAAAAUGCUACAUUUGUAUGAAAAACAAAUUAUGAAUUCGUUAAUAAAUGACUGAACUACACGCAAUUGUUUGUGUUCCAAUAUUAAAUGAAGCAGACUUUAUAUAUACUUAUACACUUAUAUAUCACACUUGCGGGAAGAUUAGAUUCUAGUCGCACAGGUCUAGUCUAGUCAGAUAGGAAUAAUGAACAAAAAUUUAAAACAUAUUAAAUUUGCAAAAUAAGAACGAAAAAUAACACCUCUCUGAUUUUCGGAUAUAUUAUGUAAAAAAAACUUAGCUAUCUUAUAUCUUAUAUCGAAAUUUGUCAUGUAAAAAAUCCUCAGCUUUCAAGAAAAAUACAAAAAAUAUAGCGCCCUCUAGUCCAAGCCUUGAAUACAAUUAAAAACGUCUGCAAUCAAUAAUUACCGUUUCCGUUUGUUUCGUGGUUUCAAUAUUUUUUAAUAAAAGCUCAUAGGCUUCAAUUUGAUAUGUCGAUGAUCUAAUUCGGUUCAGUGGUUCAAAAGUUUGAAUUUUUAUAAAAGUCAUUUUUUAGAAAAAGUGGAAAAAAUUGAUUUUUCGGACCACCCUAAGAUAGAAGUGGGCACCCUUAUUAAAAAAAAUACGGGUCUAAUAUUUUGAGAUAAAGAACAAAAUUACCACUUUUGACGAAAAUCUGAGAACCACUAUUUCGGUUUGGCAUGGUCGGUUUGGUACAGGUCGGAUUCGAUUAUAUACAGAAUCGAUUAUAUGUGAUUCGAUUAUACAGGGUUUUCCAACUUUAAAUUCCGAAAGUAAAUUGAAAUAAAACACACUUAGAAUUCGAAUUUCGAUGAAACUUUUGUUUCAAAUUAAUUUUUGGUUUAUGCCAUUAUGUGUGAAAUACAACAUCAUUCAAAUGUCCACCUAGGGCUUCCUCGCACACCUUGAUCCGGAACAGAUUAUUUUCGAUGACUUUUCGGCACAUAUGGGGCGGUAUCCCGGUCAUAACUUCACGAAUGUUGUCUUUCAAAUGUUCAAGAGUUUACGGAGAGUUGGCAUAGACACGGUCUUUCGCAUAACCCCACAAAAAAAAGUCUAGCGGGUUCAAAUCGCAUGAUCUGUACGGCCAAUUGGCAUCACCAAAACGCGAAAUUAUGCGUCCCUCAAAUUUCGUUCGCAAUAUGGCCAUGUUCGGUCGUGUUGUGUGGCACGUGGCGUCGUAAUGCUGAAACCACAUGUCAUCCGUAUCCAUAUCUUCAAUUUGUGACCAAAAAAAAUCGGUUAAUGCGGCCAUAGCGCUCACCAUUCACAGUUACUGUCUCGCCGACCUCAUUUUCAAAGAAAUACGGCCCGAUGACUCCACCAGACCAUAAUGCGCACCAUGGCGGAUGCAAUGACCUCUCAACAAUCACGUGUGGAUUUUCUGAGCUCCAUAUACGGAAAUUUUGGGUGUUCACAUAGCCACCGAGCUCGAAAUGUGCCUCAUCGUUGAAGAAAAUUUAAUGCGAAAAUUCAGCAUUUUGCUGCUGUUGUUCGUUCACCCAAUCGACGUAUGCCCGACGCAUUCAAUGGUCACCACGCUCUUAUUUUUGUACCAGUUGGACUUUAUAUGGAUGUAAGUGCAAGUCCAAAUGCAAAAUUCGCCACAAUGAUGUGUUUGACAAGCCCAAUUGCUGAGCACGCCGUGGAAUCGAAACAUUCGGGUCAUCCUCCACACUGGCAGCAACAGCAUCAAUAUUUUCGGCCGAACGCACAUUACGAUGAUGCACAGGUUUCACAAUAUCCGCUACGGAUCCAGUUUGUUCGAAUUUACGCACUACAUUAGCGAUUGUGUGUUCUGUAGACCGUCCAUGACGACCAAAAUCCGUCCGAAAUGCUCGAAAUGCAUUUGUCGGUUUUUCAUCGUUUUUAUAGUAUAAUUUAACAAAAUUCACACGUUGUGCGAUGCUAAAACGAUCCAUAUUGUAAAAUGGCAGACAUUCAACUAACGAUAUGACGCUUUGGUUGACAGCUAUGUCAAACGGUUGUCAGCGCAGGGCUGUAUACUUUCGGAAGCCCGAAAUGGAAAACACAGUAUAUAUAUAAUUUUGGACUCGUUUAUAUACAGUUUGGAAAUAAGUAAACUGACCAGACGUCCGCGCGUUACGCGGGACAGUCCCGCAUUUCGACAAAAUGUCCCGCGUACGAUUCCGUCCCGCAUUUGGCAAAAGAAACGAAAAUGUCCCGCGAUGUCAAUAUAUUUCAUUAUCACAAUUUGAUCAUGUUGAUUUUCUUAAAUGGAUGAACCUCGAAAAAAACUUUUAUUUGGCAGACUGUUCAAGAGCGCUUCUAAUGCAUCCUAAGAUUAAUACGUUAAGCUGGUUUCAUCGUACCGAUAUUGGGCUUUUUGUUUAGAGAGUAUCAACUGGUAGCGACAGCAACAAAAUUGGAAAAUGAUUUUUAUAAAAGUCCCCUAUUGAUCCGCAGGGACCAACGUAAGUCAGACGAAAAGUUCAUCUUUGGUUCCCUAGCUCGGUCAGGGUUUGACGUUUGAAAUAAGCCGGAAGAACUAGUGUAUACUCGACAGGAAGAGGCAGAGUUGUUUCAUGAAGUAUCGUAAAUGAAGCGCUGGGCGGUCUUACGGAAGUUGGCCGGAACUUGAACCAUGGCCGAUGAAAAGAUGUAUAUCGGCGUGUUAUUUUACCUUUUCUGUCUCUCUAUUUUGGCCAUUCGCCCAAAAGUUUUCUAUCGGGCGAAGCUGGGGAAUGUUGGUAAGGUUGGUGGUCUUCGCGACAAUGUUUAUCUCCAGCCGAUCCAUCCUCCAGUGAUCUUUGGCAUAAUGGGCUGGAUCCCAGGUUCGGCAUAAAGACCACAUCACCUUCCCAACUCCGGCAAGCACUUGGUACUAUAUUGGAUAUUCCCUUCACGUCUGUCAGAGAAGGACCGUCUUCGAGAACUUGAUGUGAAUGAUAUAUUCGACGUCAUCGCUUACCUGGGGAACGUAAAGUACCCGGUCCCCUGCCAUUCGUUGAAUUCUAGCAUCAAGUACGUCUCGUCUUUCAUUAUGAGUACGAAAAGAAGUUUUUAACUUCUUUCGCCGGAAGGAAGUUUUUUACCAGCACCUCAAGUUACUCCUUCUGGGUGAUUACCUGCUGCUCAGAUACGGGGUGGAGCUUGCAGUAUGGAAAAAUCAUCAAGUUGCUUGACAGUGCUGCUGCUGCGAAUCAACAUCCUUGAAUAAUUUUUGUUGUAGACUUAAUAAACGUAAGAUUGGAAGAAAUUUUUUUAAUUUUCUUUCAUCGCCAUCCGAAAUUGGUCCAUUUUUUGAAUGCAUACGUUAACAUUAAAAUCAAUGACAAAUGAAUUGGAAUUUUCGAGCAUUACAUUCGGUAAUUUAACAUAACAUAACAUAACGUUUUGUUUUUUGUGUCCCGCGUUAGACUUCUGACCAUCAGGUUACUUUAGAAAUAAGUUUUUUUUUUGUAUUUCAAAUAUGUCUUAUUUCAAGAAGAGAUGUAACCUUUCAACGUUAAGGUGAAGUUUAAGUGGCUAUUACAUGUACAGUAGGGUAAAAAUCGUGAUUUUUAAAGAUUUUGCUUGAAUUUUCACCAGGAAUUGUUUAUAUCGAAAUUGCAGCCAAAUUAAGAAAGAUAGAAGUUGGGCAUCAAAGAACACAUUGUAGAUCGGUUAAAGAACUUCAAUUUAAUUGAUAGAAAUAAUCUAGUUUAAUAUAACUUUUUAGGGUAAAAUUAAUGAUAACACAUUAAAAAUGAUUAAUUUUUAAGUUUUUACUUCCAAAAUCCACUAAUUUAGUUGUUCUACUACUAUAUCCUGUACUAAACUUUCUCAUCUUUCAAAUGAAGGCACCAGAAUCGUCUUCCGUAGCGUACUUUUUAAGGUAGAACCAAUUUGAAGCAACAGAGUCCGAAACAAAAAAAAAAGUUCUAUAACUCUGUCAUUGUUGAAAUUCGAACAUAUGCGUAGGAGGAUUUUUUUCAUAAAAUUUGAUCGUCUAUCACCUCCUGAGAUAAUCUGGACAAAAUUAUUUUUUUCAUGUGAGAAAGGUGUUCUCUGACUUUAAGGGGAUGAAUCAAAAAUCAAAUUGCUCAUCGCUGUUUUAUUCUACAUACGAGUUUUUGAGAUGUAGUCUUAGGCUACUCAGGGAUACCUUCCGUCUCAGCGAUAUGAAUUAUGAGCAAGAGUAGAGAGUCUCACGGGUGUUAUGUAUCUGAAUUUAUUGCCGUUUCGUUUCAUUUAGCGAUCUCAAAUUAUCGCAAAUUUCCAAUUGUUCCCAGUUCCCAGAAGGGUUUUGCAUAGAAUGGCUAUAUAGAAUUUUGAAAAAGUAAUGGAUAUUUCUGUAUAAAAAUAUCUGCUUUCGCAAUGACUUUAGAAUAUUUCCAAAAGUAGUUCAACAACCAAAUAACAAUCUAAUACCAAAGAAAAUAUAAAACUUAGUUUUUGAGUUUUUUUGUAGCGAACAAAUUAGAGCUGAAAAAAUUAUAUAUGAAUCUAAAGUCAACAGAUGUUCCACAUUGUGGUUCAUAAGUGUAUUGCAAUGAACAGAAGUUGUUUUUGUAUAAAAAUGGGUAAAAACAAUCCAAACAUAGAGACUUCAUGACCGCAAGCAUCUGUUGAGAGGAGGAAUCAAUAUUGAUUCCACACCGUCUAUCCUUACUCGCAAAUCGCAACACGCGCCGUGAAAGAUAAAUAUGUAUUAACUCCGUGUGCCAAUCAAGUGCCACGGCGGCGGGUUUCACCCGCUGUGAUUGUGGCCCAAUUUCGUCCUCAGAUUGUGAUAUCGAUAGCAUCCGAACGCCGUUCGACGUUGUGGAAUCCAAUCAAGAAAGUAGCACUUUCACCCACAACUACAGCAUCAAUGCAAAUCCCGACACCCUUAUGCUCCCGGUUCAAACAUUUAUUCACAGCAUGCAAGAUAACAGAGCACAUACUCCCUAUGUAUCUCACCUCACGUACUGACGCUUUAGCAAAGGGCCAAUUAGCACGUUCAAUUUCUUCACUUGCACUAGAAGCGCAUGAGGAUGGUAUUUGCGAGUGUGUUUACCUGGGCUGGUUUUCUCCGCCCAGAUGAGCUGUUCCGUCUCGGUUUCUGGGCCAGUAGUUUGGCUGAGUCGGUCGACGAGAUAAGACUUUUGAUUUGGGUGAAAGUCUGGAAACUCCCUCGAGGCAUUUGCGAGAUUUUGAUAAACAUAAAUAUUUUGAUUGUGAUAAACAUGUGGAGGGUUAUUUGGUGGGUAUUUUUCUGUUGCCUUCAAUUCGGAGAAUUGCGGAGUUUCGAAUCAAGGGAAGAAGAAGGAUUUCACCUGAAAGACGGCAAUAGUAUUAGGGAACCGAGAUUUUUUCCGUUCUACACAAUUGGACGGAUUGCCAAUAUACCUUGUGUGGCAAGCAAUGGAUUGACCGGAACUUGUAUGAUUCGUGGUGAAUGUCUCGAAAAUGGGGGACUAUCAGGAGGUUCUUGCAACAACAAUACCAGACAGGCCACAUGUUGUCUUUUGACGGGAACUUGUGGAGGAUCCACAAAUCUCAACAGCACCUACUUUUCCAACUUUGGCUAUCCAUCGGCGGUCAACGAGGGUGGAACUUGCACAUUCACUAUCUACCCUUGCAGUUCAUCGGUCUGCCAGUUGAGAAUAGAUUUUAGAUCGCUGAGUUUGGCGCAACCUGACGGCGAUGGAUUCUGUCUUACGGAUGUACUGACCAUCACUGGUGGUAGUUCCAACGUUCAGCCAAUAUGUGGCGAGAACUCUGGCCAACAUGUAUAUGUGAACUUUAACGGAAUAAAUCCAAUCACAAUACAGGUGGCCACAACUGCUGCGGUAGCUUUUAGCAGACAAUGGAAUCUUCAGCUGUCCCAAAUUGCCUGUGCUUCCGAAUUCCGUGCUCCAGAGGGUUGUUUGCAGUACCACUUUGGGUUGAGUGGUACCAUAAGCAGUUUCAACUAUGGGUUCGGAGCCAACCCUAACCUGAACUCUCUAGGGGCCACGGGUUCAAGACAAAUCGCUAAUCAGCGCUACGGAAUCUGUAUUCGAGCGGGACCUAACAGAUGCUCGAUCACCUAUAGUUUGCCUUCUAGUGCAGCUCAGUACGCGUUUACAGUAUCCGGCGAUGCGGGCGUGAUUGAUCCCACUCUCAUCGGACAGGGAGCGUUCGGACAAAACGGUGCAGAUUGCAUCACAGACUAUGUGGUGAUUCCUGAUCCGAUUGUCACUGACCAGAAUGCUCUCGGUGCUGUGUUCACUGAUCGAUUCUGCGGAUUGGGGUUGUUUCCGGUGACGAGUCAAAUCAAGCCAUUUGUUGUUUAUGUGGUUUGGGAUGAUAAUGAGAGUCCAGAUGCAGCUAAUCGAGGAUUCCGUCUAGCGUACACACAAAACGUUUGUAAUGUAACAUCUACCCAACAGACGGGUUAGAACACCUCAGCAAUUAUUCAUUGUCAUGAAAUAUAUUGUAAGUUUAUU